GGGCAGGAGGCGUCAGUCCCCUCCCCAGGAGCUGCUGCGAGACAGGCGGGGGCUGCAAGCAAGGCAGCCCCACUGCGAACGUCUUCCUUUGGGCCAGGGACGGUGCUCGCUGCGAUGGGGCGGCCCGGCAGGAGGCAAGUCGGCCCCGGCGGACAUAGCCGCGGCCAGCGGAUGGCGACAGCUCUUCGGCCCUGCCAGAGGCGAGGGACGCAGGAAAAGGAGGCAGCAACGGACGUCCGAGGUUUCUCGAUGGGAGCCCCCCGCCCCGUAGCGGAUUCUGCAGACUCGUUCGGCUCCUCAGCCCAGCCAACGCCAGCCUGAUCUGGUAAUGCAGAGCCCAAGGUUCCAUGUCUCGGAGUUUCCUGCAGGCCACCUCUUGCUGUCUGACCCCAAGAUGCAUUUCAGGAACAUCUCCAUCACCCUCACCACUGAACAGACUCUGCAAGACCUGUCUCCCACCAAUGUCUCCACCAGGGAGGCCUGCCUCAUCAACUUUUCCAGCCACCAGUUUGUGCUCAUCCCAGUGGUCUACUGCAUCAUCUUCACCCUUGGACUUGUGGGCAACAGCAUGGUCAUCACUGCACUGUGUCGGCAGAGGAGUCCAAAGACUGUGGCCAAUGUCUACAUCAUCAACCUAGCAGUGGCUGACUUGCUGGCCCUCACCACCCUUCCAUUCUGGGCUGCCAGCUAUGCCUACGGGUACAACUGGGUCUUUGGCUCCAUAAUGUGCAAGCUCUCCAGCUCCAUCCUUUGCUUGACCAUGUUUGCAAGCAUCUUUUUCAUAAUGUGCCUGAGUGUGAACCGUUACCAGGCCAUCGUGCGCCCCUUCCAGUGCCAGCAAGGAACUUUGGAACGGGCAUUCAUUGCCACAUUCCUUGUUUGGGGACUGGCCACCUUGACCUCUCUGCCCACCUUCUGCUUCCGUGAUGUCCAAUACAUCAACGAGCUGGGUGUGAACGCUUGUAUCAUGGCCUACCCCUCGGAGAAUUACUCCACCUGGUCAGCCGUUACAGCCUUAAUGAAAAACAUCCUUGGCUUCCUGGUCCCAAUGGCCAUCAUAUUUGGGUGCUACAUCUGCAUCAGGGUGCACUUGAAGAAGGCCCAAGGGUUCACAAAGAGGAUGAAGGUAAGGGACCGGGUGCUGAGGCUGGUGGCUGCCGUGGUCGUGGCCUUCCUGAUUUGCUGGCUCCCGUUCCACAUCUUCACCUUCCUGGAUGCCCUCUCCUGGAUGGAGGUGAUCAGCAGGUGCCACCUCACCUCCAUGAUUGAUGCAGUCCUGCCCUUCGGGCUCUCCAUGGGCUUUGCAAACAGCUGCAUCAACCCUUUAUUGUACUACUUUGUGGGCAGGCAGUUCCAGGAUAAGCUCCAGCAUUUAUUCAAGCUGAGCCUCUCCCAGUUCAACAGCAGCCGGGAAACCUUUUCCUCCAGCAAAACCAGCUCCCUCAAAACUGCCGAGUCCCUGAAGGAGGCUGAACCGGGAGGAGACGUGGAAAGGCCACCGACCCACCCACCGUGGGUUCCCUAAUCACCAUCUGGAAACACUUAAGCGGUGGUUCUUGUUUUUCUCUGGUUUCCCUUUGCUCAUCUCCUUGGACAAACCGUCCACUAAAGACCGUGUUUUCAAUUGCUUUGUGCUUUGGAAAGGCUGUCAUGUAGAGGGCAAUUAAUUGUCAAUAAAUAUCUUAACAACAUGACUAACCCAGCAUAUUUCUAUGACUAAAGUUUGUUUUUCAUGCCCCUGAGAAGGAGGAGAUUGCAAAGAAACUUGACUUUGAACACCAGAGUUUCCUGCUACAGGCCACCUUUCUAUUUUUAAUAUACUGAAAGUCCAUUAGGGAGUUUUAGGAUUCCUCCCUAGCCCACGUACUUGUUUUUCUACAUCAGUAACUGUUCUGCAUGUUUAAAUUAUGCUUGCUUUUUGAAAGUCAGGACUGAGUUCCAACGCAUUUUUUGCCAUCUUUCUCAGCUUCUGAUGA